AUGUGCUAUUUUCGGUGUUCCAGUCUGAAUGCCCCUCACCAUGGGACAGUCAGCAGCAGCACCAACCUUGUUGGAGACACCGUUACCUUCUCCUGUGAACCUGGGUAUGUGAUUGACGGCUCCACAGAUCGUCUCUGUCUAGCAGACGGAACUUGGUCGGGACAGCAACCCAGAUGUCAAAUGGGGAAUGCAUGGAGAAACCGGUACCUGAGCGAGGUGCAGUUCAUCUGUAAUGAUGGUUACCAGCUGGUUGGCAGCACCACCCUCACCUGCCAGGGUGACCAGACAUGGAGUGGACCGGUGCCGAACUGUAGCCCGGCGCAGUGCCCCGCCUUGCAACUGAUCAAUGGCUUUAUAAUUGGAGGAACUGUGCUUGGUACCACGGCCAGCUGUGGCUGUGACCCUGGGUACCUCCUGAUUGGUCCAGCCACCACCACCUGCCUAAGCACUGCUACGUGGAGUGCUGCAACUCCUACAUGCACAAUAAAGACCUGUCAGCCACUUCCGGCUCCAAACCAUGGGAUAGUGACUGGUGGGAACAACUACGGGGAUGUGGCCACAUUCGCCUGUGAUCCAGGCUACGAAUUAAUAGGGAGCUCCGCCCAGACUUGCCAAGACAAUGAGCAUUGGUCAGGCCCUCCACCAUACUGUUUAAGAAUGGAAUGUGCCACACUGGAUGCACCCGUGCAUGGGUCCAUCAGUGGGACAAGCUACGUCGGUGAUACUGUGACCUUCUCCUGCGACACUGGGUACGAGAUUACCAGCGGUUCCAUCUCACGGACCUGUCAAUCAACUAGGACUUGGACGGGCACACAACCAACUUGUACAAAAAUAAAAUGCCCUACUGUGAGUGCCCCAGCCAAUGGUAACAUGGUGGGAAGUAUAGAGUUUGGUGACCAGCUACAGUUCUCCUGUAGUCUUGGUCAUCAGCUCAUCGGUAGCAGCACACUAACGUGCCAGGCUGACCAGACGUGGGAUGUGACAGUGCCAACGUGCAGUCCCGUUCAGUGCGCACCACUACAAUGUCCACAGAAUGGACAAGUCAGCGGUGGCAGCUCCUAUGGGGACACAAACACCUACACUUGUGACAUUGGGUACCUUCUGUUUGGUGACAGCACCACAGACUGCCUCAGUACAGGAACUUGGAGUUCACAGCCACCACAAUGCAUACUGAAAACCUGCCCCCCACUGACAGCCCCCAAUCACGGCAGUGUGGUUGGUGGGAACAACUACGGGGAUGUGGCCCACUACGCCUGCGACCCAGGCUAUGACCUUGUCGGGACACCAUCACGGAUCUGUCAGGACAACCAGUUCUGGAGUGGAACAGCACCAUCUUGUAUUAAAAUGGAGUGUGCAAUCCUGUACCCACCUACUCAUGGGACAGUCAACGGCACCAACUUUGUUGGGGACACUGUGACCUUUGCCUGUGACCCUGGGUACGAGAUCACUGAGAUACAGUGUCCGCUCUUCAGUGCUCUAGCAAACGGACAUAUGAUAGGUGGUGAUAACUACGAAGACCAGUUACAGUUCCACUGUAGCGCCGGCUAUCAGCUGGUUGGAAGCUUCACACUAACUUGUCAGGCUGACCAAACAUGGAGUGACGUAGCCCCAACCUGCACUCGAAUCCAGUGCCCUGCUGUCCAGGCUCCACUGAAUGGUGCUGUGAGUGGGGGUAACUUCUUUGGCAACACGGCAACCUACACCUGUGAUGUUGGGUACCUCCUGAUUGGUCAAAGUACCAGUACAUGCCUUAGCACAGGCAUCUGGAGCAGUCAGGCUCCUCAGUGCACAUUGAAGACCUGCCAGCCACUGACAGUUCCAGACCACGGCACAAUGACGGGUGGAAACAACUAUGGAAAUGUCGUCACCUACGCCUGCGAUGUCGGCUAUGAACUGAUAGGAAACCCCACCCAGACAUGUCAGGACAACCAACAAUGGACUAGUUCCCCACCAACUUGUCAAAAGGUCCAGUGUGCCCCUCUGAGUGCGCCAGCGUAUGCAACCAUGUCGGGAACGGGAAAUGAGUACGGGGACACCAUGCACUUCACCUGUUUGGCGGGACACACCCUGACAGCGGGAGACACUGACCGAACUUGUCAAGCUGAUGGCAUGUGGAGUGGUCUUCAGCCUUCUUGUACAGUGAAUGAAUGUCCCCAACUUGAUACACCUACUAAUGGCCAGGUUUAUGGCAAUAAUGCCUACACUGGUAUGAUGGUCUUCUUCUGUAAUGACGGAUAUGAACUGGUCGGUGAUCCUGUGCGACAGUGCAACUCGGUCGAUGGCACAUGGAGGAAAGAGUGUCCCACACUUUCAACACCCAGUAACGGUUUUAUGUCUGGCGCAAACUUCUAUGGCGACCAGGUGACCUUCACAUGUCAUUCUGGGUACGAAAUCUCCGGAAGUGCGGUCUUAACCUGUCAGAUGAACCAACAGUGGAACGGAACCCAGCCGACAUGUGAACGGAUCCAUUGCCCACCAUUGAGUCCCAUAGCUAAUGGACAGAUGAGUGGAGGUCAUCUGUUUGGUGACCAGGUCAUGUUUGUGUGCAACUCUGGCUACGAGCUCAGCGGCAGUCCCUCUCGGACAUGUCAGGCAGAUGGAACAUGGUCGGGAAUACAGCCAGUUUGUGACCGCGUGGUAUGCCCAGACACGUCACCCCCAGCCCACGGUUCAGUGACUGGAGGGCUGUAUCUCGGUGACACGGCAACAUACUCCUGUGACCCUGGGUAUGAACUACAUGGAAGUGCCGCCCAGAUAUGCCAGGCCGACCAAAGAUGGAAGAAGGUCAAUGAACUGUACCAGACUACUGUCACCAUGAUAUUUUUGUAUUGUAUUGUUAACUGUAAUAACCCGUCUGCUAUAUUUUUUCUGAUGUUAGGAAAACCAUGCUCGACUUUGGACCCCCCUCUGAAUGGUAAAGUCAAUGGCUCCAACCUCUAUGGAGACACGGUAACCUUCACCUGCAAUGUUGGGUUCGACUUGGUGGGUGACCAGACAAGGACCUGUCAGAGUGACCAGCAGUGGAGUGGAACACAGCCAUACUGUCAAAAACAAGACUGCGGCCAGCUGCCAACCCCAAGCCACGGCGCCUGGUCAGGCGGGACUCACUAUGGCAACCAGGUGACCUUCACAUGUGAUCCUGGGUACGAGAUCGUUGGAAGUGCGACAUUGACCUGUCAGGAGAAUCAGCAGUGGAGCGGAGCUCCACCCACAUGUACACUGAUAACAUGUCUGGGCCUUAAUGCACCAAGCAACGGUCAGAUGAGUGGCAGCUCCUCUUACGGAGACCAAGUGACGUUUGCAUGCAAUGUCGGGUACAGUCUUAGCGGAAGCCCCUCACGUACCUGUAUGGCGGACGGAACAUGGUCAGGAGUCCAACCAGUCUGUAACCACAUGAAGUGCCCUGACCUGGUAGCACCACUGCAUGGAUCUCAGAGUGGAGGAACAUAUGUUGGCGACACUGUGACGUUCUCCUGUGAUACUGGGUAUGAACUUGUCGGGACGCCUGACCAGACAUGUGACGUGACUCAAACCUGGAGCAAUGCAACACCAACAUGCACAAGAGUGGCCUGCCAGACGCUGGACCCUCCCACCAAUGGUAUAAUAAACGUAAUCAGUAACCUGUAUGGAGGCGCAGUGACAUUCGACUGCGAUGUGGGUUACCAGCUCGUAGGCAGUCCAAUAUUGACCUGUCAGAGCGACAAGCAGUGGAGUGGGUCACCACCUAGCUGUCAAAAAAUACAGUGCCCACCACUGACAUCACCAGCAUUUGGUUGGCAGCUUCGCACCCAGUACUCCUAUGGGGACCAAGUAGGCAGCGCUACGCUGACGUGCCAGGCUGACGGACAGUGGAGCGCAACAGAGCCUACAUGUGAAAGAAUCCAGUGCCCUCCACUCAGUCCUAUAUCAAAUGGUCAGAUGAGUGGAGGCGGCAGCUUCUUUAAUGACCGGGUGACCUUUGUGUGCGACUCUGGCUACGAUCUCCAUGGAAGCGACAGACGAAUGUGUCUAGCAGACGGCACAUGGUCGGGCAUCCAGCCUGUUUGUAACCGCACCGAGUGUCCUGAUCUGGCUGCACCAGCUAAUGGCUAUAUAACAUCGGGAAAAUUCUAUGGCGACACAGCGACGUACAGCUGCCAAAUUGGGUAUGAAAUCGAUGGUGUUGCAGUCAGGAUAUGCCAGGAUGAUAAGACUUGGGGUGGGAUGGAGCCGACCUGCACCAGAAAGGAAUGUCCGCUUUUGGAUCCUCCAACCAAUGGUGGAAUAUAUGGGAAUAAUGAUAACCUGUUUGGAGACGUAGUGACUUUCUACUGCCAAACUGGGUUUGAGCUGAUUGGAGGCCCAACACUGACCUGUCAGAGUGACCAACAGUGGAGUGGGCCACAACCAUACUGUCAAAAAAAAGAAUGCCCACUGCUACAAGCACCAACCAAUGGUGGAUCGUCUGGAUCUUUUUCCGUUGGGAGCCAGUUGACCUUCACAUGUGAUCUUGGUUAUAUGCUGAAUGGCAAUGCAACACUGUCCUGCUUGGACACACAGGUGUGGAGUGGAACCCCACCUACUUGUGACAAGAUAACCUGUCCUGCUCUGAGCCCACCAACCAAUGGCCAGAUGAAUGGCAACAGUAACUUCUAUGGAGACCAAGCAAGUUUUGCAUGUGACCUUGGCUUUGAGCUGAAUGGGAGCCCCUCACUCUUCUGUCAGCAAGAUGGAACCUGGUCAGGAACCCAGCCAGUUUGCAAUGCCAUGCAGUGUCAAACUCUGACUGCACCUGCCCAUGGGACCGUGGCUGGUGGGUCAUCAUUUGGUGACACUGCCACGUACUCCUGUGAUGCUGGGUACGAGGUGGUGGGAACACCCAUCAGGAUGUGCCAACCUAGCAGGACAUGGAGCGGAAAUGAACCAACUUGUGAAAAAAUAUCAUGUGCAAGUCUGGACGCUCCUCUCAAUGGUGGUAUCACUGGGUUCAACCAGUAUGGAGACACGGUGACAUUUGACUGCAGCAUUGGGUUUGAGCUGGUGGGCGACCAGACCAGGACUUGUCAGAGUGACCAGCAGUGGAAUGGAACACAACCAUACUGUCAAAGACUGCAGUGUCCACAGCUGGGUAUGAUCACAAAUGGUGGCUUCACUGGUGGCUUGCAUUAUGGUGACUAUGCCUCUUUCAUGUGCAAUGCUGGGUAUGAACUUCAGGGUAAUAACACCGCAGUUUGCAUGGAAAACGGACAAUGGAGCAAUCCAGAACCUUCAUGCAUAGCAAAGGAAUGUCCUCCCCUAACAGCCCCACAAGAUGGUACUAUGACUGGGACCUAUUUUGUGGGUGACAGGGUGACUUUCUCCUGCAAGACUGGCUUUAACUUGGUGGGCAACACCAUCAUAGUGUGCAAGGACUCUCUAUCAUGGAGUGGUACUACACCAAAAUGUGAAUGUGUUACUUGUCCCUCACUUCUUGCCCCUGUCUAUGGGAUUGUUAGAGGCCCAGGGAAUACUUAUGGGGAUACAGUGACCAUUUCAUGUGAACCUGGAUAUGACCUCAUUGGUGACAGCGUCAGGACAUGUGAAGCCAGCGGACUGUGGAGUGGCUACGCGCCUCUUUGUCAAAGGAAAUGCUGUAGUGCACUUUCCAUUCCAUUUGGUGAUUAUUCGGGAACUGUCUGCUACAACGACACUGUCACCAUCAACUGUGACCCUGGUUAUGAAGUGUUUGGAGCCCCAAAGGCAACGUGUGAAGAGACUGGUCAAUGGGACACUGCAGCUCCCCAGUGUCAAAAGGUGUGCUGUGACAGUUCUCUGGUGAUUCCCAAUGGCCAGUUGACUACUCCACACGGCAACUGUUUCAAUGCUGUGGGUCAGGUGGAAUGCUCAGUUGGCUACACAGUAAAUGGAAACAACCUCCUCUACUGUAAUGCAAGUGGACAAUGGGAAGGAGAGAUGCCCAAAUGUGACCUGAAGUGCUGUGGAGAUCCAGGAUCCAUUCGAGAUGGCGCAGUAAGCUUUACGGGGGAGUGUUAUGGUGAUGUUGCAACCUACUCAUGUAACAGUGGAUUCUCUCUCGUUGGCAACGCAUCUUACACAUGUUCUCCCAGUGGUGACUGGGGACCAUCGCCUUAUUGCCAACCUUAUAAUCUGUGUGACAGAAGUACUCUGGCUCAGCCGCAUGGAGGCACCAAGCAGAUGCAC